AACGAAAAAUUACUAAUGUUGCUUAUGUUAACAAAUUCGCAUAAAUAAUUCUAAAAAAUACAACUAAAUUGUAUUGUUUCGGUCGACAAAAUAUUAGCCAUUCGUUCAGUCGUAAAUAAACCAUUGAAUCAGUCAGUAUAACUACCAUUGCAAUUAUUUUAAUAAAAAUGAAACUGUUACGUAUUGUAAUAUCGUUCACUUUAGUAAAUAUUUUGGUAUCUGAAUUAGUGUAUAAAGAUGAGGUUUACCUAACAAACAAAUACAUCCAGUUGGCAGUUAGCUGCAAUCAAGAUGUAAUGUACCGUUCAGGUCAUUUGAUGACAGUUGUUAAAAACAUUGUUCUUAAACAAUAUACGAUUGUGGAAAUGGCUUUAAUGUUGGUAGUACCGGAAACACAAGAAGUCUUAGUCAUAAAGCAUGGAACACAAGAACACGCUUCAACUUCUUCUGUGGCUUCAAAUGAAAUUGUGGAGAUUGAAACAAACGAAGCCUUAGUCAUAAAGCAUGAAAAGUUAUGGUACCAGCAAAGAGUGCGGUAUGAAAUAAAUGCUGUAACUGGUAUGAGAAGAGCAUUCGUAGACAAAGUUGAAUUAGAUCGCUGUACUAUGGAAUAUUUGGGAAGUGAAAGAAGAUAUUUUACUGGUGCUGCUGUAAUACAAUUAAUCCAUGCAAUUAUAAUAACCAAAAACCCUGUAUUGAGAUCGGCUUUCUCAGAUUUUCCUCAGAUGUGUCGUUUAUUGGGAUUGUACAGAAGUUUCAAAAACGUAUUUGAAAAAUUACCAUUUAUAAAAUCUGCUAAAGUUCAUGAUGGAACUUGUGUUCUUAAAACUCUAGACAAUAGUGAAACCAAAUAUAGAUAUAUUAAUGAAGACAUUUGGGAACUUAAAGCUAAUGGUACUGGACUUCAACGACUUUAUCACCAAAUAGAAUUCUUCAACAUGUUUUAA